UAUUUCCAUUUUAUCGUCCUUUGUUUGAUGAAAUAAUAACUUUUGUCACUCUAUUACAAUUUUCAAAGAAUUGCUUUUUUGUAGAAGGUGAUAAAGCAGUAGAGUUUAUCGGUGAAAUUGGAGAUGAGUUUGUGGUUGUUGUUCCAUGA